GAAAGUUGCCGCUCGGCGCGGGAACUGAAAUCUGAGGCCACGCCCGCUUGAGCUGCUGUACCGCUCUUGUUUUCAAAAGCGACCUGCCCACAACAACAAUAACAACAAGCUGUUGCUGCCUCUGCAGAAUUGGUUUGAUGGAGCAAAGGCAGUCGGCGCGGCUCGGUGCAAAAAGGCAUCAAUGCGACCGGUGUGCAUACAGCACGGAUAAUCCUGCAAAUUUCACACGGCACCAGAGAACUCACACAGGAGAGAAACCCUUCAAGUGCAGUGUGUGUGGGAGGGCGUUUGCAUGUUCAGCUCAUCUUGUAAAACACCAGAGAAUACACAUGGGAGAGAAACCCUUCAAGUGCAGUGUGUGUGGGAAGGCGUUUGCACAGUCAUCUGCUCUUGUAACACACCAGAGAACACACACGGGAGAGAAACCCUUCAAGUGCAGUGUGUGUGGGAAGGCGUUUGCACGUUCAUCUACUCUUGUAGCACACCAGAGAACACACACGGGAGAGAAACCCUUCAAGUGCAGUGUGUGUGGGAAGGCGUUUGCACGUUCAUCUACUCUUGUAGCACACCAGAGAACACACACGGGAGAGAAACCCUUCAAGUGCAGUGUGUGUGGGAAGACGUUUGCACUUUCAGCUCAUCUUGUAUCACACCAGAGAACACACACGGGAGAGAAACCCUUCAAGUGCAGUGUGUGUGGGAAGGCGUUUUCAGAUUCAUCUACUCUUAAAAAUCACCAGAGAACACACACGGGAGAGAAACCCUUCAAGUGCAGUGUGUGUGGGAAGGCGUUUUUACUUUCAUCUUAUCUUUUAUCACACCAGAGAACACACACGGGAGAGAAACCCUUAAAGUGCAGUGUGUGUGGGAAGGCGUUUUUACUUUCAUCUCAUUUUACACGGCACCAGAAAACACACACGGGAGAGAAACCCUUCAAGUGUAGUGUGUGUGGGAAGGCAUUUUCACAUUCAACUACUCUUGUAAAACACCAGAGAACACACACGGGAGAGAAACCCUUCAAGUGCAGUGUGUGUGGGACAACGUUUGCACGGUCAUCUACUCUUGUAGAACACCAUAAAACACACACGGGAGAGAAACCCUUCAAGUGCAGUGUGUGUGGGAAGGCAUUUUCACAUUCAUCUACUCUUGUAAAACACCAGAGAACGCACACGGGAGAGAAACCCUUCAAGUGCAGUGUGUGUGGGAAGGCGUUUGUACAGUCACCACAUCUUCAAAAACACCAGAGAACACACAAGCAUCAGAAUAUCCACAAGGAGCGUAGUCUGAAAUCAGCUUGUGAAAGUCAAAGUGCCGUAAUGUGCCCAUCCCUCAUGAAACAAGAACCUGAAGAAAAUCCCAGCUUGGACACUUUUUAAGAAAUCAAGGUGAAAUAUGAAGAGGUGAAGGUGAAAUGUGAAGAGGUGAUGGUGAAGAGUGAAGAAGUGAAGGUAAAAUGUAAAGAUGAAGAGUCAACUCCAAAAUCUGACCUUCACAUCGAUGGAAGCAACGUGGAGCAGGAGGAGAAUCCUGACUGUGAGGCAGAGCGAGGCAACUCCCAGCAGUUUGUGGAAGUGGAAGUGUGGGUGGACUUCCUUUGAGACAGUACAAAGUCGAAUGGAGACCCGGUAGAUGUGUAAGCCUGAAACGAUGUCGCUCCAAUAGAUGCACCUUUGUCACAGGCCUUUAAUGACAAUAAUGUGAAGUUAAACACUCGGUUCCUCGGUGCAACCUGCAGGGUAAGAGCGGCCAGUCUUUGUGCACCUGUGUGUUGGGUAGACCUCUAACCAGGAGCAAGAGCCAAUAAGCUCCCAAGCAUUCAUUAUGUUAUAAUUGCAUUUAUAUUGUGCUUGCUUAAUCGCCUCUGGCAACUCUUGAGUUUUGUAUCGUAUCUCGUCUCAAACACUCGAAGAGCAUCCCAAGUGGCAGCUGCCCCUGUGUGGCACAAGGUGGUGGCCCUGCACCGGCCUGCAUGUCGACAAGAGCCUGUCAGUAGGGGGCGAUGGUUGAUGUGGCAUCUCAGUUGUGGAGUUUGUAGGUAAUGUUUAGAAUUUGCUCAAUUUUGACCCAGAUGCCAGCAUGCAAUGGCCGACUCGUUUUGAAUGGUGCAUUAGUAUGUUGUACAUACACUGUUAAGCCGACGGUGCGUAUGUUUUUUAAUUAGCUUGUUAAUAGGAUGUAACUUAAUGUGGUAUAUUUCCGUGCAGUAAUUCAAUUUUGUUAGUAUGCCUGUCAAUAAGUUAGACUGAAUACUUGUCUGAUUGGGUUCGUACAUGUAGCCUUUUGUCUAUAAGAGUCAAACAUUGAAUAAGUCAUGUUAGGACACAGUGUGUGUUUUUCAAGUAACCUGUACAGAUAACUCAGGUGAGACUCAUUGUUCUUGUGAUACAGGUCAAAGGGUACUUUUGUGUUUUCAGGAAGCAUCUCCCUCUGGAGCAACUCAUUGUCUUUGAAAUAGGGAGCACACUCGGAUCAUUCAUCUGUUACAAGGCAUACCACUCAAAAGUUACACGUAGAGGAGAUACAUUCUCAACAACACGAAUUAUAAUUUUGUAUUACGUGUUGACGUAGAUUUUGUCGAAUUAGGACGAGAAAUGCUCCUUACUGAUUAACGUCUGGAUGUCCGUAACUAUCAGUUGAAACAAGCCCGGCUGCUGUUGAGACGCUGUGCACCAAUAAGGGUCCACAGGUGGCUUGCACUGAAUCAAUGACGCACUCCCAGACAGCUGUGCUAAGUUAUAGUUUGUGUAAAACAUUCCUUUGUUUCGUGGAGAGAUCGAUAAAUGAAAGAUGUCGUGUCUGCUGAUCUGCUUCAUAGCAAGGAGGUAAUUUUAAGAGCACAUUUGGAAUGCAUUUUUGGUACAGAUUUGUAUUUGGUUACAAGGCAGAGCACAUCUAGUAGAUACAUUCUGCACAACAACACUCAUUAGAAUUUUGCAUGACGUCUUAUAUGUUGGCGAACUAGGACAAGAAAUGGUCCUUGCCGAUUAACGUCUGGAUGUUGACAACCAUGGGGUUGAAGCAAGCCUGACCGCCUGCGGUGCCCCUCACAACCAUUUACGGCCUCGGGCCAGGAAAGUCACGAAGAAAAUUGCACACGAACGACGCAUCCACGCAAGCACCCGAUGCUCCCUUUUGAAGUUUAAAAAUGAAACUUUGAA